UUGUACCAUAUCGAUAAUUGUUUUUUUUUUCCGCCAUACCUUUCGCCCCUCCCUUCAUCACUCCAAUCCGUUUGCUCUCUCUCCCACGAAUAGUAUUGUACCUAAAUUUACCUUACCUACUCACAUUGGCGGUUGAAGGUUGGGUCAAAACAAUACCCGAGUUGCCAACUCCUACCGAACCGUAAUUCGCAGUUCUGACGUCGGCCCUUUGCUUCGUCAUUUCCCCUCCUGCCUUCCUUCCUUCCUUCUCCCCCCCCCCUCUUGCCUGCUGCACACACACACGCGCACGCACACACAUUCCACGCACAUUACUGUACAGUACAGUACACCUCUCCCAGUUUUCACGGACGGUGCGGUUACGACCACGACAUUGUCACUUGAGCCUCGAUCGAGCUCUGACCUGUUCUGUCUAACAACCACAGCCAACACAUCCAACGGACGGUCGAACCAUACACAAGAUAGACAGACAUACGGGAAUAUUACCUACCAUCCGUGGCUUGGAAAGAGGGAAAGGUUUCUUGCUCUUGCGAGAUCAGAUAAUAUUUUUUUCCCUUUCUUUUCUUGUCGUCAUCGCUAGUCGAAGGGUUGGGUUGAGGAGUCAGUUAUGGCUGAUCCGACGAUUAAGCUACUCCUUAUAGGCCCCUCCAGCUCCGGCAAGACGGCGCUGCUAUUACGAUAUGUCGAGGAUAUCUUCGAUACGGAUAACGCGACGGCGACAAUUGGGGUUGACUUUAAGGUCAAGAAACUCUCCGUAAAGGGAAAGCUCCACCGAGUCUUCCUCUUUGACACGGCUGGUCAAGAGCGCUUCCGGACCCUAACAAGCUCCUACUACCGCAACGCUCAAGGCGAGGUGGAAAAGUACGCCCCCCCGGACGCCGUCAAGUGCCUCGUUGGCAGCAAGCUCGACAAGUCCACCUCCUCGCGCAUUGUCAGGACCGAAGAAGGGCGCGCGCUGGCGGACCGUUACAGCGCUAGCUUCUACGAGGUCUCCUCCAAGACGCGGGAGAACGUCAAGGAGCCGUUCGUCGACACUGUCACCAGGAUUGUGGAGACGCCAGUGUUGGUGAAUGGUGGCGCGGGCGCCAAGAGGGGCACGACCGCGUUGUCUCCGCCUGUGGUUUCGUUUAAUCAGAGGGAGCCGCCACCGAAAUCUGGGUGUUGUUAGGCUGGUGGGGGGGGAGGAGAUUGGUUGUUUGGUUGGAAUUCUAGAGGUGCUUGGGAGUUGGGUCGAUUGGUAUUUGCUGUAUUGGGCUCCUUUUUUUUCUUUAUCACAAGCUUUUCCCCAUGAUGUGUCUGUUCUUUCUACACUUUUCUUGACCACUUUUUUCCCUUCAUCUUCUUUUGCCUUUUUCCCCGAUUGAUGAUGGCGGGAUGAUUAUGAUCUUACGACACUCGUUUCCUGUACUAGUAUACCCUGCUUUUAUA